AUGUCGGCCUUCUUAUGGCUAGCCAUUUUCCUCCCAGCGGUCUGUGCGCUCCGACCUUCGCGGGAAGUUCAUACGGAACAAGGCACAGUGCAGGGAUUUGUGGAGACUUCCAACCAAAAAGAUGUCGAGAUUUUCUUGGGAAUCCCGUAUGCGGAGGCCCCGAUCAGCAAAGAGGACUGGUUUGCGGUGAGUAAAAAUUAAUUUACGGGUUUAGAGGAAUGUCCAUUUUUUUCGUAAUUUGCAUAAUUUUCAAUUUUAAAUAAAAAAUGGCAUAAUUUUUUGGAAAACAGUAAAAUUUAUGAUACAGAUGAUCCAUAAAGAAAUAUUUGGGAUUUUGGAAAAUUUGCAUUAAUUAAAAAAUUUGCAUAAAUAAAAAAUUUGCACAAUUUUAUGGAAAAACUAAAAAUUACAGGUAUUGGGAGCGCUAAUAAAAAACUUCUUUUAAUGCUUUUUGCAAAAUUUUUAACAUAUAUUUUUAAAAUUUGCAUAAUUUUCUAAAAUUUGCAUAAUUUCAAAAAUCGCUGAAAAUUGUUCCAAAACACUCCAGUGUAAAUAAAAAUAAUUUUCAGCCCUCAAAACCAGCCCUGCAUUGGACAGGAGUCAGAAACACCUCUGAAUUUGCUCCAUCUUGUUGGUUUCCAAAUGCACGCGAUCUUAAUAACGGACAGUCACUGGAUUGCCUCUACUUGAAUGUGUUUGCACCCUCAUGGUCGGUAAGCAACUUAUUUAUUCUGUUUUUCGUCAAAAUCAUGGAUUUCGCACUGUGCAAUUCUUGAUUUUUUUUGCACUGUGCAGUCUAUUUUUGAAAACGCACGGCGCAGCCAAAUCUUAGAUAAUCUAAUGGCAAAUUUAUUGGUUAAAUUGCACAGUAUGGCCGUAUAUUCAAGCUACAUUACAAUUUUUUUAUUUGGAUUACACAGUAAAACGAUUUUUUAAUUUUAAAAAAUUUUCCGCACUGUGCAAAAAAAGUUUUUAUAAAAAUAAAUUUACUAUUUAAAAAGCCUUCAAACUUCGUAUUUUACUCCUUUCCAGUCCCACUCACCCCCUCUUCCCGUCCUUUUCUACAUUCACGGCGGCGAGUAUGUCAGCGGAACGCCGGAAGAUUUCGGCGACCGCGCCGUUGCCGCCAUUCUGCCAGCUCGCCAAGAUGUCAUCGUUGUGACGAUGGCCUACAGGUUCGGAAUUCUGGGAUUCUACACAACCGGCGACGACACCGCCCCCGGAAAUCAAGGGCUUUGGGAUUUGGCCGAGGCCUUGAGAUGGACCUAUAACAAUAUCGAGCACUUUGGCGGAGAUCCAAGAAGAAUUACCGUGGGAGGACACAGUACUGGCAGCAUGUCAGCGGAGAUUUUGAGUCUAUCGCCGGUCUCUAAAGGCGAGAUUUUUGAGGGUUUUCGGAAAUUUGAUGAUUUUCGUCCGAUUUUGGCCUAAAAAAGGACGAAAAACUCAUUUUUUGUGCAAAAAUGGGGUUUUUUUUGUUUUUGCGAAGCAAAAUACAUAUUUUUCUUGGUCCAAUAUAACAUAAUGGACUGUACAAGCAUAGAUACUACUUCAAUCCGCCCUAAAAACAAAUUUUUACAAUGAGUUUUGACGAUUUCUUCCAUAAAAAUCGAAAUUUUAAAUUUCCUCCAAAAUUCUUGAAAUCGUUUUUUGAAAAAAAAAUGUUUUGCCGUAUAACACUCCUAUAUGAUGUGUUCUUACUAUAUCGAUCAAAAUUUUAAUUUCAGACAUGGUCCAUCAACUCAUUUUAAUGUCCGGAACCAACGAUUUCCAAUGGGAGCCCAUGAAAUCCGAGGAAACCUUCGAAAAUGUGAAAACGUUUGCCCACGAAUACCUAAAUUUCACUGCUAAAUCGAACGACACUAAAACUGAGUUGAGCAGUUUUCUGCAAUCCCAAGAUCCCAAAGAUUUCGAAAUCUCUUAUAAAUAUAAUGGGCAAGAACGAACGCUCAAGAUGUGGGCAAGCUACGACGGAAAGUUCAUCCCGGACACUAUUGAUAAACUGAGAAAGCAAUCGCUACGGCCCGCUACGUUAGUGGGAUGCACUAGAUUUGAAGCGAUUUUGCUCGGUAAGUUUGGAAAAGUAGGGAAAGGAAUCUGACCGGACAUCUACAGUGGGGGACCUGAUCCAGGGCAAAAAGGUACCAUUUUGCAUCCGGGAAGUAUCAAAAAAUGUGGCAAAAUACUUCCCUCUCCAAGUGAAAAAACUCCGAUUUCAAAAGCGCACCCGCUCUUUUUGUGAGUUUAUGGGCGCGCUUUGCGACUGGAAUCAGGCCCCUCACUGUAGACGAAAAUGAAUGGUGUUGUCCAAUAUAAAAAAAAUUGUUUUUCAGCUAAUGUCGAGGGCGAUAAUUACUACGAAGAAGCGAAAAGAACGGUUAUCAAGCAAAUUUUACGAAGCCAAAAAUACGAUGACUCAAAGAACCAAAGAGACGCCGAAGAAAUUUUAUCUCAAUUCUUGCAGUACUCCGCCAAAGAUAAUGAUACUCAACAAUACUGGAGGAAUUAUACGGAGGUGAGUUGACGAACAAAGUCCUAUCGCCAUAUCGGUUAGAAGGAGCGUCAUUAAUUGGGGAAAAAGGCUUGGGGAAACUGAAAAAUGACCUUUCUUCGAUGUAAGCGUCGAAAUUAGAAUAUUCGAUGGUGCUGAUUUCGAAAAUGACAUUCAUUUUUUGAUCGUUCUUUUUUCCUUCAGUAGUAAUAAAGUAUGAUAAAGUUGUAAUUUCUAGAUUUUUUUUCGCAAAUACUUGAUUUAGGGGUUUUCGAUGGUGCUGAUUUCAAAUCAGAAAAAAAUUAGUCAGAUUUUCGGAAUCAGCACUAUCGAAAAACUCUAAAUAGAGUAUUUAUGAAAAAAUUUCAAAAAAUUACCACUCUACAGUACUACGUAAGAAAAACAGUAAAGAUCAACAAAAUGAAUGUCAUUUUCGAAAUCGGCACCCUCGAUUAUCCUAAUUUCAACAUUUACAUCGACGAAAAAUAAUAUUUUUAAGUUUCCCCAACGUCUUUUCCCCAAUGGUCAUUUGACCAUUUAGACUAAUUUUCAAGCCAAAAAUUUACAUUUUCAGCUAAUGUCGGAUGUAUUUUUCACCACUGGCAUCUACAAAUACGUAAUGGAACAUGUCCAAGUCUCCGAACGCCCAAUUUUCGUCUACCGCUUCGAUCACUACUUUUCCGGCCACCAUAAUCGCAGAAAAAUUGACGGCUCCACUCAUGCCGACGACAUUCCCUUCGUCCUCGGAGACUACGUCAUCAAUGGCGAGAAGUUUUCCGCUCAGGACAAUAUAGUUUUACAGCAAUUUUCGAGUUUUGUCGGGAAUUUUGUAAAAUUCGGCAAUCCAAAUGGCUCUCCGCAAAUUUAUGGAGGACAAGAAUGGACGGCGGUGAGAAGAAACACCGACAAAUUGGAUCAUUUCGUCUACAACUACUACGAGAAUGGAAUGAGUGACAACUGGUUUGAUGGAAGGCACAAAAAAUGGAUCCAAAUUCGAGAGAAAUACGCGAAAUCGGCGGGUGUGGUGAAGAAUUCCAUUUUUGUUCUUGUUUUGGCAUGGUUUGUAGUUCAUUUUUAA